AUGUCAAAGCAUUCAAAAGAAUCCUCGGAUGAUUCCAAUGAAUCUUCCAAAAAGUCACGGAACCUUUUUCAAAACGCCAUUGAUUUGCAAUUCGCUGUUCGUCCGAACUUCGGUGUGAAUGGAAUUCGUUUUAAAAUUAAGACUAACAAUCUUAGAAUUCUUGACUUUCAACAAGAAUCGCUAUAUGUGUAUAAAUUUGUUGUGAUCUCGGUAUCCCAACCCAUCAAACCUCCGUUGGCAUUCAAGAUUUUUUCAUCAAUGGGCUUGCAGAACAUCUUUGCAAAUGCGUGUCCGGUUUUCGACGGGAGCUCGAGUAUUUACUCUUGCCAGCCUUUACCAAUUGGAAAUGACGGAGAGGAACAAGUCUCGGUCAUCCUCCCUGCGGAAGGGAAGAUGCGAGCCAAAACUUUCACGGUAACUAUAUGCAAAUCGACACAAAUUAAUUUACAAACCAUCAAACAUUAUGUGAGUGGUCAAGUUCCCUUUACGGGUGAAGUACAAACGUGCUUCGCGUUCUUAAACACGGUGUUGAACUAUAAGUCCCGAAACAAGUUCCUUGUCAUAAAGAAUGGGAUCUUUCCGGAGUUCGGUGGUCCACCAAAGAUUCUGGCGAGUGGCAUCGAACUUAAACAUGGGUAUUGUCAGUCCGUCCGUCCGGGAAUGGGACAGUUGAUUGUAAAUGUGGACGUAUGUGCAGCUUGCUUAUAUCCUGCUGGUUCGUUGCUUGAAUUUGUCAAAAAUGCUUUGAUGAAGAGAAACGUUAAUGAAUUAAAAAGAGGUAUUAGUGACACGGAGAAGAAGCAGCUAGAACGCGCUCUGAGAACAGUUCAAAUACACGUGAUCCACAGAGGAGACAAACCCAAAAGGCUGAAAAUCGAGCGCCUGUCGUCCCAGGCAGCUGACGACCUUAUAUUCGAUAAAGACGGACAGAAAGUGUCCGUGACACAAUAUUAUUACAAUCAAUACCAUCGUCGUCUUGAAUUCGGAUCUUUACCAUGUGUUCUUGUGAAAAGAACUAGUUAUAUACCAAUUGAACUAUGCGAAAUUCUGCCUGGGCAGAGAUAUGAAAAAUCUAUCGAUGACAAAGCCAAGGCAGACAUGAUUAAAUUUACUGCUCUUAAACCUCGUGAAAGAUUCGACAGUAUCGACCGAGCUAUCAGAGACCAUUAUAAAUACAACGAGGACGAGAAUCUACGCGAUUUUGGAAUUGUGAUCGAACAAAAAAUGAUCGAAGUUGAAGGACGACUCUUGGAUCCUCCGAUUAUUACUUAUGAUAAGAGAAGUCAAGAGUCGGAGUUUCCACCUAAAUUCGGGAGGUGGAAUUUGAUGAACAAAAUUUUUCCUCGAAUCGUUCCAACUUUUCCAAGUAUUUGCAAUGGAAACCCUCAAGGAAAUUUGAGACAAUUGCUUGCUGUUGCGUACGAAAAGGCGCGUGUUGAUAACAACGCAAAAACCAACAUCAUCUUAGUUAUCAUUCCGAAAAAAGCGUCCCAACCUUACGGUGCGAUCAAAAAGAUAGCCGAUACCGAAUUGGGAGUUGUCACUCAGUGUAUUGUUGCUGACAGACUAAGAAGGUUUAAAGAUAAAGGUUUAUUAUCAAACAUUUCUUUAAAGAUAAACGCGAAGUUGGGGGGACGUAAUUGUUGCCUUGGACAAAAUCAAUUAACAUUUGUGACAGAAAGACCUACGAUCAUCAUGGGUGCUGACAUUUCGCAUCCUGGUCCUGGACAGACCGAUCAACCCUCGAUUGCGGCAGUGUGCGCUUCCAUGGAAAUCACCGGGAUGGUUUACUGUGGACGCUACAGUACAAACCGAGAAAUUCGAAAUGAGACAAUUGAGCAGUUGGAAGAUAUGACAUGCGAUUUGCUCAAGUUUUUCCUGGACAGGACGAACAUGUUACCCGAAAGAGUAAUCUUUUAUCGGGACGGCGUUAGCGAAGGGCAGUUUCGCGCCAUCCUUAAUAGGGAAAUCAUGGCGUUGAAAAAAGCCUUUGAAAAAGUAUACAAGAAUAGAUUUCCCACUUUAACAUUCGUGAUUGCGCAAAAAAGGCAUCAUACGAGGUUUUUACCCGUCGAUCAAAGAACCUUUGGUGAUAGAAAUGGUAAUUGUCAACCAGGCACUUGCGUUGAUAAUGAAAUUGUCAAUCAAAGAGAAUUUGACUUUUACUUGCAAAGUCACGCAGGCAUUCAAGGUACUGUUCGACCUACCCGCUAUUUCGUUCUCUAUGACGAAAAUAAAUUUUCGGCCGAUGAUUUCCAACGAUUGACUUAUAGGCUCUGCUAUCUAUACACAAGAUGCACCCUCUCAACAUCCAUUGUCCCGCCGAUCUGUUAUGCUCAUCUUUUGGCGGCUCGUGUUAGAUUGUAUCCAAGAGAUCAAGUCGUUCGUGAUGAUGAUGACGGAUAUAAUAAAGAGAAUAGGAAAGUUACUUUGCAUCAAAACGAAACCGCUAGUAAUAGUGUUAACAGUUUCGAGUGUCCACCGGUCUCUCCGAAUUUAGCAAAGACAAUGUAUUUUGUUUAA